AUGUCCACCAUUGGGAUCAACCAGAUUGUGGUUGUACAGGAGUAUUUUGUCAGUCUUGAUGAGUUCAACUGUCACCCUAUCUUGUGCACACAGGGUGAUCUGGUGGAAAUCAUCCUUCAGUUGCUGGUGUUCGCAGAAGGGCUGUCAAAAAGGGCAUACUGGCUGCGACAGAAGACCGAUCCACUGUCCAUGUCUGCAUACAUGGCAAAGGUCCUGUACAAUGAUGGUACUGGCACCAAACCCAGCCCACUGGCCAAUUGGGAGCACCUGCAACAAGAGCUGGUGGGUGCUGAGCAGGCUCAGGACAUUUUUGCGGUGUUUCAAGAGCAGUCUCUUGAGGUAGCGCAGUCCACCAUCAUGAAGGCAGGGCUGCCCCCUCAUCAGGGAUGCUCAUGGCUGGUUGAGCCCUACCUCAGCCAGGAGAAGCCAAUCAAAUUCUCUGGUACUGACAUUGCAGGUCGCCAUGGAGGGGAAAAUCAUGCUGGAAGCAUGGUGGAUGCCCUGGCACACUUUUCUUAUAUCCACUCCAUGCAAUCUUUGGUUCUGGUGGAUCUACCAGGUAUCCCCCAAGUCAAUACCCAUCCAGGCCUGCCAGGCAAUGUGCCCAUUGUCCUUUUCAAUGUGCAGACUCACACACAGGAAGGUAGCAGUGGCCUGGGUGAUCAAGGCCAAGCAGGGAUAGACAAUUUCCUUGUGCAGCAUGAGUGUGUGGCCCUGUGUGUGCAGCUCCAGCUGAACACUCUCAUGGACAUGUAA